AUGCCCACAACUGCACUUACUUUACCUUCUUCAACUCCAAAGAAAAAAAACUUUACACUCGCUUCAAAGAUAAAUAAGUCCUUCCAUUUACGUUCUCUUUAUGCUCAAUACGGCUUAAAAGACAAUCACAAAACUUAUCGUUUUUUUAAAAAUCUUUAUGAUUACCAAGAAAAACCAGCUCUACUAAUCACUAAACACAAACUGGAUGCCGAAACUGGUCAGCAUCUCCCGAAAAAUCAAAAAGUAUUUCGCUAUUAUGACUAUCAAACACAGCAAACAUCCUAUUUUUAUCGCACCAACGAAACUUUAAGCGGCCAAUGUGCUAACCCGACUCUGAUUAAAAAAAACUAUCGCCUUGGCACUCGUUCUUUAAACCCUUUAUCCCUGCUUAGUUUAGCCACUAAACAUAGCAAAAAAGAAGUUUAUUCGCUCAAAAAGCCCAAAAAUCCAACUGUUCAGCAGGAUUUUCAGGAAUUCUUAAUCACCCGUCUCCUUUUGCUCUGUAAUAAAGCGGAAUUCCUCCAUUUACCCUUAGAACAAGACCGGGUUUUUAAAGAAAAAGGGGCUUGUGACAACUUAAUCUACACCCAUUUUCAAACUAAACCAGUCCUCCACUUCCAAUUUUUAUCCGAAAACGCGGCUGUCGUGCGGCAAUUCAUAAAUAACCUUGACACUUACGCCCAAGACUACGAUAUGGAAGAAUCCCAAACCUUCUACUCCUACCCCAUCACUCACGACACCAAACACCAAACCACUCAACAACUAGCUGGUCUUUGUGGUUGUGAAACCCGAGCCCGUAACCAAUAUUUAGAUAAUUGA